AUUGGUUGAUUGGCUCCGUGGCGGCUCUUCAGCGCCACGGAAACAGUUAGGUUGCUGAACACAAAGACUCCGUUCUCGUCGCGCAAGGAAAGAGCAUGACUUCCGAAAUAGACCUGGAUGAUUUCCCAACACUGAAACUAAAGCAUGUCCAUAUUAAAGACAAGAAACAUUUAUUAAGAACAAUAAAUACAAUGUUGAAAGAUGGGUCUAAUUCAUUACAGAUAGUUACUGAUUUCGAUUUAACAUUAACUAAACAGCAUGUCAAUGGAAAAAAGGUUCUCAGUAGUUUUGGAAUCUUUAGUAAGUGCAAGCAACUUCCAGAAACAUACGCAAAGGAAUCAAGUCGUCUUUAUCAAAAAUAUAGGCCAAUUGAAAUAGAUCCUAAUUUAUCAGUUGAAAUAAAAACAGAGGCAAUGACAGAAUGGAUGAUAGCAGCAGAGGAAAUACUGAAAGGGAUACCUUUUAAUCCUAAUGAAAUACCAGAAAUAAGCAACAUGUAUGAAAUGUAUUUAAGGGAUGGUACUAAAGAACUUUUAAAAAAAUUGCAUCUUGCUAAAGUACCAGUUCUAGUUUUUAGUGCUGGUUUAGGCGAUAUUGUUGAAGCUAUUUUAAAAAGUCAGAGUAUUCUCUUUGAUAAUGUAAAGAUAAUUUCAAAUUUUCUCAAAUAUGAAGAUGGAAAACUAGCAGGUUUUCAGAAUGAAAGACUAAUUCAUGUUUUUAAUAAAAACAAACAUGCAAUAGAACAAGAUUAUUUUAAAUUUCUUGAAGGAAGGAAAAAUGUCCUUUUAAUGGGUGAUAAUAUAGGCGAUGCGUCAAUGGUUGAUGGAAUGAUGAAUACAUGUGCUGUACUGAAAAUUGGUUUUCUUUAUGACAAUAUUGAAAGUAGUUUGGAUUCAUUUAUGGAAAAAUUUGAUAUUGUUUUGGUAGAUGAUCAAACAAUGCAAGUUCCAAUUGACAUAUUACAAUUGUUGUUAUAAUAUAAUUAAAUAAUUAACAAAGUUAAUUUACAAAUAAUUAAAUACAAUUUUUCAAUUUCUAUUAUUUAUAAAAUAUCUCUUUCUCUUAGGUCUCAAAUCACUUUAAUAUAAUUAUCAUUUAUUU